UAUUUAGCUAACUUCACAUUGGUGUGCUCUCCAAAACAAAUACGUGACUGCGUCGUGCGAUCCAUUGUUUAUCGUCCAUAAAAACAAAAUAAACGUGACCCACAUUUUUGUGCGAGUCCUAUCAGAGUCUAAUUCGAGUUAAUUGCAGGCAUUUAAUCUCGAUUUAUAUUCCUAAAUCAUAUCGUGAUGGAAGUCGAGCGAUUCGCUUCCGAUACUGAGAACGUGGCGGUGGACGAUAACGAAAAGCCGGUUGUGGACGAAGGCGCCGGAGAUGCGGCGACUUCCCACUCGGAGCGUCUCCGUAAGAAAAAUAAGAAGUACUGGCGCUCCAACAGCAAGGAGGGCCCGGUGAAUGCGACGGCUGUGACGCCGUUACCUAAGUAUAGAAGCUGGAAAAAUAGCCGUAGGCCGCGCAACGGGCAUGGAAGAGGCCUGCCGAAGAAAGGCGGUGCUGGUGGCAAGGGCGUGUGGGGUGUGCCUGGCUCUGAGCUCCUGGAGGAGUACGUGGAAGACGCCAACGACCCCAACUACGACUCGGAGGCCAUCACCAACGGAGAUGUGGAGUUUAAGCAGAUCAUCGUAGAUGCUGAACCGGAGGAAGUUGUUCGUAAAUCGGAACCAGUGAUCUUGGAGUACUUUGAACAUGGAGACACGAACGCUGCCGCAGAAGACUUCUUGGAAUUUGUCACCGCCAACAGAAGUCAUUUGGUUUGCGAAACGAUUGUGGAGAUAGCGUUAGACCACAAGCCUUCGCACUGCGAAAUGGCAUCGUUCCUCAUCUCCGACCUCUAUGGAAGGGUCUUCUCCGCAAAGGACAUCGGCAUCGCAUUUGACCGGCUCCUGGAGAAGCUACCGGACCUGAUCCUGGACACUCCUGACGCGCCGGUGCUACUGUCCAACUUCAUAGCCCGGUGUGUCGCCGACGAUUGUCUACCACCGCGGUUCGUGCAGUCAGCCAAGGACCGACCCGACCUCAAUGCUCAGGCCAAACAAGCAAUACACAGGGCGGAAACGUUGCUAUCAAUGAAACAAGGAAUGGUGCGAUUGGAUAACAUAUGGGGGGUCGGAGGUGGCAUCAGGCCGGUGAAGUCCCUCAUCCGCCAGAUCCAGUUGCUGCUGAAGGAGUACCUGACGUCGAGCGACCUCGCGGAGGCCAUGCGCUGCGUGAGGGAACUCGAAGUACCUCACUUUCAUCAUGAACUAGUCUAUGAGACCGUCCUACUAGCGGUGGAGGCCAUCAACUCCAGCGUGGAGGACCAGCUGUGUUCGUUCCUGGCGGAGCUGCACCGCUGUGUCAUAGUCAGCCCCGACCAGAUGGACAGGGGUUUCCUGCGCGUCCUGGAGGACAUGUCGGACAUCGUGCUGGAUGUACCGCUGGCAUACAUCAUGCUGGACCGGUUCAUGGAGAAGUGCCAGCAGAAGUUCCGGCUCGGGGACGAGGUGCUCAAGCGGAUGCCUACCAGGGGUCGCAAACGUUUCGUCUCCGAAGGCGACGGCGGAGUCAUCAAGGAUCACGCCCUGAAACUACGCGAGUAGACACACCGACGCACGGAGGCCUACGCCAUACGCCAGCGGAGCCCUACACCACAGCCCACCCACCAGAAACACGCCACCCCUACCUGAAGGUAGACCCUUUUAGCAUACGACAAGUAUUACAAUAUUUUUAAAUGCACUUGUAACGCCUCUGGUGUUUCAAGUGUCCAUAGACGGCGGCGAUUGCUUACCAUCAGGUGAUACGUCAGCUCGUUUACCGGCUUAUACCAUAAAAAACACCGAGACCUUUGUUCUUACAUGGGAACCUUCCUAGCAAUAGCAAAUUCAACAAGAAUAGAAUUAGCGAAAUCGGUUUAGCUUUACCCUUAGUGCGAGUUUGCUUUACGUUGAACGAAAACGAAACGAGAACGCGUUUGGUGAUCUAGAUUGGUUGGCGCGAAUAAACCAACCAAUUAGAGCGCCUACAUGUUCUCGUUUCGAUCUCGUUAAACGAAGAUGUAAGUCCUAAUAUAACAACUACUGGUUGUCCAAAUAAGUAACAAAUAAAUGGGCGAUUCUUCAAAAACUAAUUGAGUAGAAAAUGUUAACUUUUGGUUUCAAUAAAUUCAGCUGUGACUGUGACACUGCUCUCAAUCAAUCCAAUCAAAAUAAGGAUGAUAAUAAGCUACCACGAUGCUUAAUGACGCGGGAGAAUAAUGAUUUGUUCAAUAAAAGUUAGGUUUUUGAAGAAAUACCAAAUUAAUUAUUAUGUUAUCGGCUUACUCACGUAACUGUUUGACGAGGAACUCGACUAGUUUCAAGUCAUGCUAGAGGCUCGUAUACAUGAGCAGCAUUCCGCGACACACGACGCGGCGAUUGUCGCGCUGUCGUGUAAGCCGAUAACAUAAUAAUUAAUUUAGUAUGUCUCACGAAAGUUACAAUAAAACAUCAAAAUACAUACGUAACGUAAAGCAAACUUGUACUAAGAGGGUACCGUUCUCAAGAUUAGCUCAUACCAAUACAUUAAACGAUUAAUUUUUAUAUCAAAGUAUAUUAUAUAGAUAUUAUAUAAAGUAAAUAUACCAUACAUACAUAUAUACAGACUUACUAAAGCCAGUAUUAUAGAUUUUCAAAGCGAUAUCUAUGCUCAAGUAAAGUUAAAUAAAUAUGAGAUACUUUAGUGGCCUUAGUAUGACUUUGCUUUACGUUCAACGAAAGCGCAAUCGGCGCUGAUUGGUUGGUUCAUUCGAGCCGGCCAAUCAGAGCGCCGCGCUCCCUUUAACACAUUCAGUGCCACCGACUCGCCCGGAAAGCCCAUGUUAAUUUUCGACUCGCCCAGCGAGUUCAAUGUUUUUGCUCUUUCUUUCCAAAAUGCAUGGUGUAUUUUCUGCUUAAAAUAAUACUGAAGACUAAACAUACCCUAAUCUAAAGAAUUGCAUAGAGGGUGCGACUCUACGGUUCUGGAAUUAAAUUUACGUGGACUCUCUGGGCGUGUUGGUGGCACUGAAUGUGUUAAACAUAAAGCAAACUCGUACUAAGGGUACAGUUAACUUGAUGUCAUGAUAAACUUUUACAUAAUUUGUAUUGAACAGCAUUUAUGGUUUAGCAAACUAAACGUGUAUACAAAAUAUCAACUCGAUCGGUUGAAGAUAUCUGCUGACACACACACACGUAUUGCAAGUUAAAUAAAAACUAGUAAAAAGAGAUGCAAACACAUUCAACAGAUACGUGCGUCUCUUUCUAUGCUUGAGACGACAAACAGACGCUCGUAAAUUUCCCUCUUAUCCUAUGAGUUCCGUUCGUGGCCCGAAACUAGUCGAGUCAUCUUGAACGAUUACGUGAGUGUUUCAGUAUCAUCAACUAAAUAUUUCGUUACGGCGCGAAUUCAUAAUAAUAAAUUGUAUACUUUUUUUUAUUAAAAUCUUUGGUUUUUUCAAAUUUUUUAAUUAGGUAAUAAUCGUAACUCGAGUGUAAUAUGAAAAGCAAUAUUAAAAAGAAAUAAUAGUUGUGAACUAGUCAAAAUUAUUGAAUUUAUUGUUCUUUUUGUAUAAUAAUACAUAAUAUUAUGUUCAAAAUUGUAGUUGUUUUUCCAAUUUCUUUGUGAUUUAGCUAAUUUUGUUUUUUUUUUACGUUUUUCGUCGAAAUUUCUAUGUUUUUGUCCAAAAUUUGUGUGAUUUGUUGGUUUUUUUAACACAAUGUUCAUUGUCAAUGUUCAAUAGUAUUGUAAAAGACUUCAGACGUGUUUUCUUAAACAAAAUUUAGGUUCAAAAUUAGUUUUUAAAGUAUAUAGUGAUUUACAGCUGUUUUCAAAAACCUAUCUAUAGAAUGGGCUGAUGCCUGAUCCGGAGCUGCGGACUACCUAGCGGGUUACCGGGGCUCCGGCUCGAAAAGCAGGAGUAGGAACGGGGUGGUGUUUAGUCAGUAAGAGUCUGACACUCCCUCUCGCCUCACCCAAGGCGGGUGAAGUCACUGGAUGAUUAUCCCCUCUCUAAAUCUAUAGAUUUUGUUACAUAAUUACUAAUUUUGGUCUAAAAUUCAGUACUAAAGCGGGUAAAUAGUUCUGAUUCUUAGUACUUGUAAGUAUUAAAAAAUACUCGCGUUCCAAUAAGUGCAGGUAACUUGAGUUUAACUUUUUACACGUAUUUAUUAAAUUAGUAACCUCACUCACACAACGAAACACAACGCAAGCGUUGUUUCACGUCGGUUUUCUGUGAGGCCGUGGUAUCACUCCGGUCGAUUGGUGCCGAAGCAUGACCGUAAUAUUGUAUUGUCAUCUAAUCUACAUACAAUUGCUAAGUUUCAUGAUGAUACAACAAUUAGAAGUGUGUGUAAUUCAGAUUGUCAAAGUCAAAGUAUUUAUUUCAAUUAAUCCUAAAUUAGACACUUUUAAAACGUCAAAUUGUCCGUCAGUUUAGACAAUGAAGCUAGGUGCUCGUUCUAAAGUGUAGUUUUUGUGUCGUCAUUUAAUGUUAUUUGUUCUAAGUUUCCUGGAUCAAACUCCUGUUUCCCCUCGAAUUGCACCGAACAUUUUCCAAAUGUGUUACUUUGAACAAAACGUCGUAGUUGGCCAAAUACGUCUCACACACUAGAGAUGUGAAUGCCAUUAAAAAAAAAAGUGUAGUUUCGAAUGGAGAAGAACGAGCAAGAAACUCCAUCGUUACUCUUUCUAAAAAAUGUUGUUUUUUACAAUCUCUCUAAUACAUUAUUUGAUCAUUUACCUAUUGUAUAUAUAUGUAGGAACAAUGUAACGACAAUACGACGUCAAAACUAAUGGGACAAUAAAACCAAUUUGUAAAGAAUAUAAAAUA